AUGUUCAUGAAGAAGUUGAUUAAUCCUAAACAGAUCAUCGACCAAGUGUAUUCCCGUCAUGGUGCAUUCCGCCUUUACUUUGUGGCAUUUGUGCUAUCAGUAAUUUCGUGUUUGUCACUAGGAAUCCUACAGCUAUUUUCUGUUUUUUCGGGCCCAUUUGGAGAUAUUCUCGGCUACUCGCAGCCAGUAAUCAAUCGGAUUAUCAUCUGUCAGACGGCAGGAUUGAGCUUGUUCACACCACUAUGUGGAUAUAUUGCCGAUGCAAAAGGUAUCUGGAUCUUGUGCAUGAUGGCAUUGGGUGGCUAUCUAGUUGGCUUUAAUAUUGUGUUAGAAGUUGUCAGAUAUCAAUUGGAUCACCGUCUCAUGUAUCUGGCAUUUCUCAUAUUGGGCUGUUCGCAUUCAUCACUUUUAUUCUCAUCACUUCUAAACUCUGCGAAAGCCUUUGGAAAGUAUUACAAGACCCUUUCCAUUAGCACUCCGAACAUGAUGGUCGCAUUUUCCAGCUUUUUGCAAAUUCAUAUACUUGGGUAUAUGUUUAAAAACACACAGCAUCCAACAGAAAACUUCAUAGGGAUAUUAAACUUCUUCUUUUACUCGUUGCUUUCUUCCACAGUAAUAUCGCUCAUUGCCUGCAUUUUAACUGAUUUAGUUGUCAGCAGAGAGGAGGAGGAAGGUGUGAGUGAGGAAGAAGAGCAAUUUAGUAAUUUUGCAGCUUCCCCCCUCCUAACUGGAGCUGGUGCAGUUAUUCAUUCACCAACUGGAUCGAUUAUUGGAUCACCAAGAUCAUGGUACGUGACAGAACAACCUCCUAUUCUUAGUCUUGAUGAUGAAAUUUCAAUGCUUUCUUCAGAAACGUCUGAGCAUUUAACGGCUGCCGAUAUAUACCGUUCAGAUCUAAGCUACUCAACUAAGAUUGGACUAUUUUUCAGGGAUUACUUAAUGUAUCCUUUAAUAUGCUGUUGUCUUAUGUCUAUCGGAGCCACAGAAUUUUUUGUGGCUAAUAUCGGUUCUAUUAUCAAGAGUCUGAACAAUAGUGACUUGGAAGGUCCACUUCAGGUUUUUUCAAUCACCGCAACAUUGACCAGAUUCUUGAUCAUGACAUUAACAGAUUACAUCUGUACUAAAUUCUCAAUUUCCAGAUUGACCAUCUUUCUCUCGAUGGUUGUUGCAUGCGGUUUAUCGCACUUUUAUUUAUCAUUGGUCCCAGUUGCCAACAUACACUUUGACGUUAUCGUUGUCUUUAACGCAAUAUUAAAUUCGGCUGUUUUCACUUUAUUCCCGGCCAUUCUUGCAUCAAUAUACGGACUCGACAUCUUGGGAACUACAUGGGGAUUGUUUUCUUUUGCUGCUAUAAUCGGCAAUCUAUUUUUCAACCUACUUUUUAGUUUUGAUUUUUCCACAAAUUGUACUCAGACAUCAACACAAGCAAUUCAUAUAUGCUCUUCCUUAACAUUUUUCACAGGUGGUUGCAUUUUAGUUAGUCUUGGAAUUUUGCUAUUUUGCUUGAAGCACAGAUAUAUAAAAAGGGCUCCAGAAUUCUUUUGA